AUGGCUAAAACUGAAGGGGCAAAAUACACUGUUGGAAGUAAUCUGGGCUUUCCAGAUAACCACAGGACCAAGUCUUCAGGCUGGCCUCCUACUUCAGGAACCUGGACCUUGAACCAGGGAUCUUCCUAUGGUUGGGAAAUGAUGGCAAACAGAGAUGGGAGAGACUACUACAUCAAUCACAUGAUUCAGACUGCUCCUUUUGAUGAUCCCCGAAUAGACAGUUGCCAAAUUAUACCUCCAGCACCUCGGAAAAUAGAAAUGAAAAGAGACCCAAUUUUGGGAUUUGGUUUUGUGGCUGGCAGUGAAAAACCUGUUGUUGUGCGCUCAGUAACACCAGGUGGUCCUUCUGAAGGAAAACUUAUACCAGGAGACCAAAUCAUUAUGAUUAAUGAUGAGCCAGUAAACACUGCCCCAAGGGAGAGAGUCAUUGACCUUGUCAGGAGCUGCAAAGAAUCAAUCCUCCUUACUGUUAUUCAGCCUUAUCCUUCCCCUAAGUCAGCAUUUAUCAGUGCUGCCAAAAAGGCCAGGUUGAAGUCCAAUCCUGUCAAAGUUCGAUUCUCAGAAGAGGUCAUUGUUAAUGGCCAAGUUUCAGAAACAGUUAAAGAUAAUUCACUUCUUUUUAUGCCAAAUGUUCUGAAAGUAUAUCUUGAAAAUGGGCAAACCAAAUCUUUUCGCUUUGAUUGCAGUACUUCUAUAAAGGAUGUCAUCUUAACCCUUCAAGAAAAACUCUCAAUCAAGUGUAUUGAACAUUUUUCUCUGAUGCUGGAACAGAAAACAGAUGGGUCUGGAACUAAACUUCUCUUGCUCCAUGAACAAGAGGCACUAACUCAGGUGACCCAAAGACCAAGCUCCCAUAAAAUGAGAUGCCUGUUCAGAAUCAGUUUUGUUCCAAAGGAUCCUAUUGAUCUUUUACGACGGGAUGUGGUUGCAUUUGAAUAUCUCUAUGUACAGAGCUGUAAUGAUGUGGUUCAGGAGAGGUUUGGGCCUGAGCUAAAAUACGAUAUUGCACUGAGAUUGGCAGCAUUACAAAUGUAUAUUGCAACAGUGACCACAAAACACACUCAAAAAAUCUCUCUGAAGUACAUCGAAAAAGAAUGGGGACUGGAAACUUUUAUUCCAUCUGCUGUACUGCAGAGCAUGAAAGAAAAGAACAUAAAGAAAGCACUUUCACACCUUGUCAAAGCAAAUCAAAAUCUAGUUCCUCCAGGUAAAAAGCUCUCUGCUCUGCAAGCCAAAGUACACUAUCUCAAGUUUCUCAGUGACCUGCGACUAUAUGGAGGACGGGUAUUCAAGGCAACAUUAAUGCAGGGAGAAAAGCGUUCUGAGGUUACCUUACUAGUGGGACCAAGGUAUGGCAUCAGCCAUGUAAUCAACACUAAAACAAAUCUCGUAGCUCUCUUGGCAGAUUUUAGCCACGUGAACAGAAUUGAAAUGUUUGCAGAAGAUGAAAUUACUGUCAGAGUUGAGCUUCAUGUGUUAGAUGUAAAACCAAUCACAUUGCUGAUGGAAUCAUCAGAUGCUAUGAAUCUUGCAUGCUUAACAGCUGGAUACUAUAGACUCCUAGUUGAUUCCAGGCGAUCAAUAUUUAACAUGGCCAACAAGAAAAACUGUGGGAGCCGUGAAACAGGGAUUGAAACUAAAGGGAAAUUUAAUCAUCACGGAUCUGAGUGGAACUGUGUAACCAAAAUGACUACAUUCUCAGCAGCGGAGCAGGAAGCCCAUAUGUUUGCUGAUAAUAAACAAAAAGCUGGAGAGGUCUCCGAUAGUGCCAUAUGUCCCAAAGCAUAUAGACAUCUGUACAUAGAGAAUGUUUAUAAUUCAAGUGAACUUGAUCAACAGCUGGCUAAACAAAAUGACUUUGCAGAGGCAGAAGAUAAUGAAAAUUCAAACCCACAACCCAUGCUGUCCUUUUCUGGAGGAUUGGAAUCAAGCAAGAAAAUUCAAGGAUCUCCAAGAGCUGCAAAAGUAUCUUUCAUUUUUGGGGGUCAUGGUUUGGAUGAUGUGAAUCCUCAAACCCUUGGCUAUGAAAGAUUAUUGGAUGAAAGUCCAGAAGCGCUAGAUAAACAGACCACCCUUUAUAUAAGUCAUGCCAAUGACAUUAAGAGUUUGGAGUUGUCCCCAGAUGCUGAAAGUUUUCAUUUUGCUGCUAAUUCUGUUUAUGCAGGCUUACAUGAUGGCAAAAUAUUUGAAGGUGCGGAAGGAAUAGAAGAGCCUCUGCUGCAUGAUAUUUGCUACGCAGAGAACACAGAUGAUGCUGAAGAGGAAGAUGAUAUCAGCUGUGAGGAAGACAUCAUAGUUGGAGAAAUCGAUAGGCCUGCUCUUCUCAGCCUUUCAGGUUCUAGUGAUGAUAUCAUAGACUUGACAUCACUCCCACCUCCAGAAGGUGAUGAUACUGAAGACGACUUCCUGUUGCAUUCUCUAAAUAUGGCUAUUGCUGCUCCUCCACCAGGAUUCAGGGAUAGCUCUGAUGAGGAAGAUUCUCAGAGUCACACAGCACAGUACAGAGCAGACAAGGAGGAAACUAAUAAUGUUGGGAGUAGUGAUAUUCCAGUGUCACUUAUUGAUGCUGUCCCUACUAAUCCUGAAGAGAAAUGUGAAAAAGGAUUGGAAAAUGUUGUGGAAUCUACGCUUCAAGCCCUGAAAGCCUUAUCUGCUUCUGAGGAACACCAGAUGAAUGAUAAUUCAGGUGUAGCCAUCUUGAGAGCAUAUAGUCCUGAAUCAUCAUCAGAUUCUGGCAAUGAGACUAACUCUUCUGAAAUGACUGAAAAUUCUGAAUUGGCCAGUGCACAGAAACUGACUGAAAAUUCCACACGAAUGUUUUUACCCAGUAAUGAAAGUUACCAACCUCUGUCGGAAUCACAGGCUGAAUUCUCCAUUACCAAGAAUCAGGUAGGAGGGCUGCUAAUGAAAUCUGUCCAUUCAUCUGCUAGUCAGCAAGCUCCAGAGCUCCAGUCAAAAGUUGUGCCUUCAAAGCAGAUUCUUCACUCGGAUAGCAUGGAGAUGGAACCAGAAACCAUGGAAACAAAAUCUGUUACUGAAUAUUUUAGCAAGCUGCACAUGGGGUCUGCAAUAUAUUCUUGCACUACUAAACGUAAAAGUAAGGUGAUUGAUGGGGAAGGAAAAGCUGCUCUUGCUGGCAACGGUCUUAUGAAAAAGCAACAAGGACCCAAAAAACCAGAAACCAAUGAACAAAAGGGUAAAGCUCUGUCCUCAAGGGAGGGUCAACAUGCCGGCACUUUCAAUGCAGAGAGAACUGCCUUUCGCAAGGACGAUCAAAGAUGGUAUGCUGUUUUAGAUGAACGGGCAGUAGAGAAAACAGACCCGGAAACAAUGAAUGGAAAGAUAGUUUCCAGAGUUUCCAGUCUUGGGAAAGCAGAUAUGAACUGUAAAGAUGAAACGCAUCCUGAGAUUGACCACAGUAGUGUCUUAGGGCAUGAGCUAGAUGAACAUUUUGUGUCUGGUACAACUACUCUGCCUUUAUCCAAAGACCGAAAGGAUUCUGAAGAUAGUAAUUUAUCUGCAGAUGAUCCUCUUUCAAAGCUUCCAGAAGCUGAACACAGUAUGACUGGAUUGUGUGAGUAUCACUUAGCUAAACGCAUGUCAUCCUUGCAGAGUGAAGGUCCCUUUUCCCUGCAAAAUUCGCAGUGCUCUUCAGUGGAUGCGGGAUGUAGUACAGGCAGCAGUACGUGUGGAACUCCAGUUGAAUCUCCUCUUUGUACUUCUGAUGUUAAGCACAUUAUGCCUGAUAUGACAGGAAAAAGCAUCAGUUAUAUUCCAGGAGAAGACAGAGCUAUCAUGCAUCCCAACCAUGGAACAUCAUAUAAGGAGCUGCAUCAACCGCCUGAAACUGUGUGUCACAGAAUGGUUGUGCCUGCUAUGCAUUCUGCGACUAAUUCUGCUGAUCCUUUAUUUGGGACUUUAAAAGAUGGAUGUCACAGGGUCCCCAAGAUUAAAGAAACUACAGGUACAGUAGCAUGA